AUGAGUUCUCUUGAGCUACUUCCCACAACCUGCAAGGCAGGGGUGGUGGUCGAAUAUGGGGCGAAUUUCAAAUUAGAAGUUCAAGAUGUUCCGGUUCCUGAGCCUGGGCCUGGCCAACUCUUAAUCAGACUCAAUGCAACAGGCGUAUGCUAUAGUGACAUUCACUACAUGCUGGAAGAUCUAACACUCCCUCGAAUGUCGGAGCAUGGAGUCAGGUCUCCCGGCCACGAGGGAGCAGGUGUCGUGGUCAAGAUAGGAGAGCAAGUGAAGAAUUGGAAAAUAGGUGAUCGAGCAGGUAUCAAACCGACCUGGGAUACGUGCAUGUCCUGCGAGCUUUGUUGGGGCAGGCUGGAGUGCCAUUGCCCCGAGGCUAUCCCUACAGGGCUCAAGGUCCCAGGAACAUAUCAGCAGUACAUCGUCAGCCCGGCGAGGUACACCAGUCGAAUCCCGGAUGGAGUAGACGAUUUCAGUGCGGGCCCCAUUAUGUGUAGCGGAUCGACCAUGUAUCGAUCUCUUGUGGACUCGGAGCUGCGUCCAGGAGACUGGGCUACAUUUCUUGGAGCUGGUGGCGGCGUUGGCCACAUGGGUGUCCAGCUUGCGAAAGCCAUGGGCCUUCGGGUCCUUGGUAUCGAUACUGGCAAGGCCAAGCGAGAGCUCUGCAUGCAGCUAGGCUGCGAUGCCUUCAUUGACUUUGUUGACACGGAUAUUGUGAAAGAGACGAUGCGCAUUUCUGGCGGUCGAGGUGUUGACGGUGUCUUCGUCACGGCAACAUCCAAGAGCGCUUAUGCUGUCGCACCGAAGUUAUUGAGCGUUGGGGGUAGGGUGAUGUGUGUUGGGAUGCCAGCUACUGGGACGGCGUUUGCGGGUGAUGAUCCUAUGUUUCUGAUUCUCCGUAACAUCAAGGUCAUUGGAACACUCACUGGGACGAUGAAAGAUACUAAUGAUGCGUUGGCCUUUGCUGCACGGGGGCUCUUGAAGCCUGCGUAUGAAGUCUUUGGCAUUGACCGGCUACCUGAGGCUGUCGAGCUCCUGAGAGCAGGCCAGGUAUCUGGUAGGUGUGUCAUUGAUUUUAAUGCUUAG